CCACACAGGAAGCUGAGCCGGCUCAGGGCUCAGCCCCGAGCAAGCACGGGCCCCCAGGACCCCCGGGGAAAGGGACCCGCCGGGCCGGGCCUGCAGGGACCAUGGGAUCCGAAGCUGAAGGGGGUCCCCCAGCUGUGUUUGACUGGUUCUUCGAAGCAGCCUGUCCUGCCUCCCUGCAGGAAGACCCCCCCAUCCUGCGGCAGUUCCCCCCGGACUUCAGGGACCAGGACGCUAUGCAGAUGGUGCCUAAAUUCUGCUUCCCUUUUGAUGUGGAAAGGGAGCCCCCCAGCCCCGCUGUACAGCAUUUCACCUUCGCCCUCACGGACCUGACCGGCACCCGCAGAUUUGGUUUCUGCCGCCUGCGGGCUGGCGCCCACAGCUGUCUCUGCAUCCUCAGCCACCUGCCUUGGUUCGAGGUGUUCUACAAGCUGCUGAACACAGUGGGGGACCUCCUGGCCCAGGACCAAGUCUCGGAGGCCGAGGACCUUCUUCUAAAUCUGCAGCAGCAGCCCCUGCCGGGGACCUCAGUGGGGCCGGAGCUGGGAGGCGAGGUGACGAUCUCCAGCGCGCACAGCAUCCCGCCCCCUGCCCCGGGGAACAGCAAGCCGCUUUCCUGCUUCGUGGCCCCCGACUCCGGCCGCCUGCCGUCCAUUCCUGAGAACAGGAACCUGACGGAGCUGGUGGUGGCAGUGACCGACGAGAACAUCGUGGGGCUGUUCGCCGCGCUCCUGGCGGAACGAAGGGUGCUGCUCACCUCCAGCAAGCUGAGCACUUUGACCUCAUGCGUCCACGCAUCCUGCGCCCUCCUGUACCCCAUGCGCUGGGAGCACGUGCUGAUACCCACGCUGCCGCCGCACCUGCUGGACUACUGCUGCGCGCCCAUGCCCUACCUCAUUGGAGUACACGCCAGUCUCGCCGAGAGAGUGCGGGAGAAAGCCCUGGAGGACGUCGUGAUGAUGAACGUGGACUCCAACACCUUGGAGACGCCCUUCGAUGACGUGCAGGCGCUGCCCCCAGACGUGGUGUCCCUGCUGAGGCUGCGGCUAAGAAAGGUCGCGCUGGCGCCCGGGGAAGGGGUGUCCCGUCUCUUCCUCAAAGCCCAGGCCUUGCUGUUUGGGGGCUACCGCGAUGCGCUCGUCUGCAGCCCGGGCCAGCCUGUGACAUUCAGCGAAGACGCCUUCUUGGCCCAGAAACCCGGGGCGCCCCUGCAGGCCUUCCACCAGCGGGCUGUGCACCUGCAGCUAUUCAAACAGUUCAUUGAAGGCCGGCUGGAGAAACUCAACACAGGAGAGGGCUUCUCAGACCUCUUUGAGCAGGAGAUCACCUGCACUGAGGCCUCCUCAGGCACCCUUCGCUCCUAUCAGCUCUGGGCGGACAACUUAAAGAAAGGUGGUGGCACCCUCCUACAUUCAGUCAAGGCCAAGACUCAACCAGCCGUCAAAAACAUGUACCGCUCGGCCAAGAGUGGGUUGAGGAGCAUGCAGAGUCUUCUGAUGUACAAGGAUGGGGCCUCUGUCCUGCACAGAGGGGGCUCCAUGAGGGCCCCAACCCUCACCAGCCGCUCAGAUCGCCUGCAGCAGCGCCUACCCAUCACCCAGCACUUUGGACAGAACCGGCCUCUUCGCCCCAGCAGGAGAAUCCGGCUGGAAGAGAGACCUGAAUCGCUGGGGGAGAGGACACCCCCUCUGAGCCCUGAGGAUGCUCUGGACCCGUGGGCGGAGGAAACUCUGGACAGCAGCUUCCUGGGGUCCGGAGAAGAACUGGAUUUGCUGAGCGAGAUUCUGGACAGUCUGAGCAUGGGAGCCACGAGGACAGGCAGCCUGCGGCCCAGCCAGAGUUUAGACUGCUGCCACAGAGGGGACCUGGACAGCUGCCUCAGCCUGCCUGACAUACCAGAAGGACCAAGAUGGCAAGCAGAUGAUGAGAAACCGCCAGACCCCGAGCCCCUGUCCCUGCCUGCUAGACUGUCAUCGCUGCACACCCCCCAGCCUUCGGACGCCACAAGCCUCUCCAAGAAUCCCAGUUCCCAGCUGCCCUCAGAGGCCAGCCAAGAAACCUUUUCUCCAUCUUCAACAGCAUCGACAGACCCCAGCAGCCAAGGGGACCCCGAACCCUCUCUCCCGGAGCCCCAUCCUCUAAUCCUGGAUCUCUCCCCUCCCCACAAGGCAGUCGAGGAUCCCACAGCCCAGGAGAGCCCCUGCUCCCAGCUGUCCACAGCAUGCCCCCAGCCCAGCCCUCCAGAAGACCCCCAUAUUCUAGUCCCCACAAAGCCUCUCUUGGAUACUCCCCGGACAUCCGCACCCCUUCAUUCUUCCUCGGAUCCCGGUUCCCUAGAAAACUCCAGAGCCCAGCCUUCUGAGGUCCUGCUGGCAGAGCACGCUCACCUCCAGCCCCCCAAGGAGCCAGAAGCUCCCAGAUCCUCUGCUGCACCGGCUAGCCACGGUCAGGAGCCCCAGGCCAGGAGCCGGCCCCGAGUCGCUGAACUCAAAAAGUGUUUUGAAAGUUAAGGAGCAGGGUCUGGAGGACACUCCAGUCCCUCAAUAAAACAGCAAGAACCCAAAACUGG